AUGGCGCAACCAUCAUCCCAGCAAUCUAUCCCCUUGACCUCACUCCCCCUCCAACAACUCUCGCAACUCCAAUCCCGCAUGUCCAGCGAACUCGAGCACCUCUCAAACUCCUAUCAGCGCCUGCGCGCUGCUCAGAUACGCUUCAAGGACUGCAUAAGAAGUAUACAGGACGGUGUAGAGAACAAGACUGCCGAAACACCCCUCCUUAUCCCUCUCACACCCUCACUAUACAUCCCAGCACGACCUUCGACGCUCUCCUCGCCUGUGACGGUACUAGUCGACAUAGGCACGGGGUUCUACGUGGAGAAGACUACGGGCGAAGCGCGGAAGUUUUACGACAAGAAGAUUGAGGACUUGACCAAGAAUUUAAGCCAGAUUGAGGACGUGGUGAGGCAGAAGACAGAUACGCUACGGAGUGUGGAGGAUGUCAUGCGGAGGAAAGUUGUGGAGGGGCAGCAGCAAGGCGGGCAGGGAGGGGGUGCUGGGGGAGGGGGUGGAGUGAAGUAG